AGCGGCCUGCACCUUGGAGCGAAACUGAAAGGAGAGACCCCGAGGUCUUCGCGUCCCUCCGUGGGAAGGCGAGGCAGGGCCCCGCGCGGAACACCGGGAGGCUCUGGGGAAAGGCAGGGCUUCUGUGGGGGAUCCUGAAAACCUGCUUGGGGCGACUUCUGGAGCAGCGACUACAAGCAGCGCGGAGCCCAGCUGUCCUUGGCAAACACCCCACCGAGAAGGCGAGCGCUUGCUGGCUCCUCUGGGACGCCCCGGUCAAGCCACCCCCAAAUGGGCCGUGACCCCGCCUUUGAAGGGGGCCCCCAGGGCAGCAGUGGACGUGGGGGCAGGGCGGGCGAGGGGAAGUUUUUCUUUCUCCCAGCUGGGGAGGGCUCGCCAGCUACCCCGGGGCUGCACCUCCUGGGACAGCCUCGGGUUGGAGCGCCGCUGCUGGCUCUGCGGCGGCCGCCUGGGUGACGGAGGGUGGGGCGGGGGUGGGUCGCUAGUAGCUCGGGAGCCGAGAUCUGAUUUCAGCGACCAUGCCUAUGUGCUGAGUCAAACCCCGCCUCUGGGCUGGGUCUGCAGCGGGGCCGCUGAGCAUAAUCCGCUGUGGUUAAUGAUUAAUCACUGACCAACCCGCCUCCCGCGGCUCGGGUGGACCGAGUCGCUCAAGUGCCGACAGCUGGAAAGGAAGGGGAGGGCUGCCAGGCAGAGCGCGCCCUAGGCGAAGAGGGGCAGAGGCUAGCGCCAGGGGCUGCUGGUCUCACUUCCAGCAAGCCAGUUUAGAACGUUCUUCCUCCGCCCUCUCCCCACCUCGCCCCCGCCACAUACACUCCCAAACCCCAACACCCAGGCGCCUCCUGGGCCUCUCCCAGGUUGGGCUGCUCCAGGAAGUUUUCAUGAAAGCAACUGCAGGAGAACUCGAGUGAGAUAAAGUGCGCCCACGCAGGUGAGUUUGCAGCCAAGAACUCUGGGCUCUGCUGGGAGGAGAAAGGGAAGUUGAGGAAGUCUUUGGACCUGGUAGCCUGGUGCUCUUUCUCAUGGCUUCACCCAACCGCCCUGGCAGUGACUGCUCCCAUGUCAUUGAUCACAGUCAUGUCCCCGAGUUUGAGGUGGCCACCUGGAUCAAAGUCACCCUUAUCCUGGUGUACCUGGUCAUCUUCGUGAUGGGCCUUCUGGGGAACAGCGUCACCAUUCGGGUCACCCAGGUGCUACAGAAGAAAGGAUACUUGCAGAAGGAGGUGACGGACCACAUGGUGAGUUUGGCUUGCUCGGACAUCUUAGUGUUCCUCAUCGGCAUGCCCAUGGAGUUCUACAGCAUCAUCUGGAACCCCCUGACCACGCCCAGCUACACCGUGUCCUGCAAGCUGCACACUUUCCUCUUCGAGGCCUGCAGCUACGCCACGCUGCUGCACGUGCUGACGCUCAGCUUUGAGCGCUACAUCGCCAUCUGUCACCCCUUCAGGUACAAGGCUGUGUCGGGACCUUGCCAGGUGAAGCUGCUGAUUGGCUUCGUCUGGGUCACCUCCGCCCUGGUGGCAUUGCCCUUGCUGUUUGCCAUGGGUACUGAGUACCCCCUGGUGAACGUGCCCAACCACCGGGGUCUCACUUGCAACCGCUCCCGCACCCGCCACCAUGAGCAGCCCGAGACCUCCAAUAUGUCCAUCUGUACCAACCUCUCCAGCCGCUGGACCGUGUUCCAGUCCAGCAUCUUUGGCGCCUUCGUGGUCUACCUCGUGGUCCUGCUCUCCGUAGCCUUCAUGUGCUGGAACAUGAUGCAGGUGCUUAUGAAAAGCCAGAAGGGCACGCUGGCCGGGAGCGCGCAGCCGCCGCAGCUGAGGAAGUCCGAGAGCGCAGAGAGCAGGACCGCCAGGAGGCAGACCAUCAUCUUCCUGAGUGAGUCCCAGGCCGGGGGCAACGCGUGAGCAGCUUCCCAACCUUCCCCCCGACCCGUGCCGCUGUUUGUGGCUCUCUUCAGGGGAAGGCUUGCCCUAGAAUUGCACACUUCAGUUCACUGAGCUGGAAGAGUCUGUAGCAGAAUGAGGGCAUUGCUCUGGGUCUCUGGGUGUUUCUUCUCUGUGUUUUGGGGAUUCAUGGUAGGUUAUGGUGAAAAGGGCACUAGACCAGAACUCAGAAGGUCUGGGUGUAUUCCAGAACAUCACUGCUAUGACCUUUGGGAAGUCACAAAAAAAUCUUCGGUAAAAUGGGAACAAUAAUACUAGAGAAUAUGAGGGACAAAUUAGGUAAUGCAGGAGAGGUGAAAGUCCUUUGCAAAAGACCAAGUUCUGCAGAGAGAAAGGGAACCGUCUUAUCUAGCUCUGUCUUUUAUCGGGGGAAGCCUUUCUUGUUCAAUUAACUUUUGUUCCCAUUUUUCUCCUCCUUUGGAGAAAGCAGGCUGUGAGCAACACACACUCUCCGGCGGCUAUUUUAUUCCUUGAGCCUGUCCUACCCAAUCUUAAGACAUGGGAGCUCUCAGCACUCCCCAGGGCUUGUGUUUCUGCCACUAGUGAGUCUGCUCCUUACCAGACCAGAGCAACUUGGCAGGACAGCCUGUUUAUCUGAUCCAGAAAAUCUGGCUUCACCGAUUCCUAGGAUUUGAAUAGUCUCCUCACAGACCCAAUUCUUAGGCUUGCUUUCUAAACUUUUGUUGUGAUACAAGUAUUUAAAGUUGGGGCCUUGUCUAUUUAAAGAGAGCCCAUAGGUCUGUUGACCCCAGAGCCUUCAGAAAAGGGGCCUAGUCGCUGGGAGACAAGGCUUUAAUGGAGACACAUGAAAUGUGUGUGAGCAAAGGGUUUUAAAAUAUAUUUUUUAGCAGAAACAAUAAAAAGGGUGUAUUGUGGGUGUGUGAGUGUGAGUCAAGAAGGAAUAGCUCUAACAAACGUUUCCCUUCUUCCCUCUUCCCUGUCGCCUGUGGCAUCAGGAGAAGGAAUAAAUCAUGAUGCUGUUUGUUUUGGUGUGGGCAACUGGGCAGCAGGUUCCAGGGACAGGAGGUAGACAUGAGAAAGGGUUGGAAGGCACUUGGAGAGUGAUGGAAAGACCUGGGUGUUGUCUCAGACCAACCCCUGGCUUCUCGUGUGUCACUAAUUGUUAAAAGUUUAGGGUCUAAUUUUAAACCCUCUUUAUUCAAUUUGAAAUAAUUGCCCUAAUGAAUUUCAAAGUACCCAGAGGCAGCCAUGGAUAAAGUGGAUGGUGUCCCUGCCUUGUGCCCCCAGGGAAGUGGGCUUUGAGAGCUGUGGCAGGGGCUGUGGCAGGUGACCAGCUGACUUGACUUUACUCUGUGUCUGUGCAAAAUGAGAAUAUUCGGAUGCUACUCCGCAUUAGGGGCUGUGCCAGGUGACCAAUAUUUCCAUCUUCUAGAGGAGGAAUUUGAGACUUAGAGAAGACCUAGUUCAGAAUCACCUAAGUGCAGCUCCGAGAGUCCCACUCUGCUUUUCAGGGCAGGGAAAUACGUGUCUGUCUGUGACUUUCACAGGCAUGUGGUGAAAGGAAAAUGAAACAAGGCGGGACUUUGACAAGCGUAGGUGAGCCUGGUGGUGCUGCUGCCUCUUAGGGCCCAGCCAUUCUGGAAGCUGGAGUAGGUAACAUGAUCUUGGGACGUGGGAAGGGUACCCAACUCAGUGUAUCACCCACUGGCUGUUACCACUCAAAAUAUUACAGGAAAGAAUGGACAUUGUAUUUGCUUAAAGCUUGAAUGUUUGUUGAAAUGCUAGUUCUCCCUUCCUCUGUGUAUAUUCCCUGAGGCGUAUCUUAAACUGUAAGCUGUAAUUUACAUUUUAGUGUGAGUUAAUUAAAUUUCCUUUUUUUUUUUUUUUUUUGAUUGGAGGGGACUGGCCUGAGUGGAUAAGAAUUAGAGGGUAGACAAGCAUUAGCAAGUGGUCUUCAACUACCUCCCAGUCUAACUUAGGAAUUAAGGCUACCUUUGACCGAAGGGAAAAUCAUUGAUUUAUCAUUACUCUCUAUUUCACCAAUCUCUGUGUUUCUUGUAUUUCUCUGAGUAGAUGUCUGUUCUUCCUGCAGUGGGUGUUCCAAGUUAGAGCCAGUCUCCAUUUGCAGCCUAAAAUCAGAAUGCUACAGACUUUUAUUUAGAGAUGGAUAGGACCUUGGAGAUCAUCAGAUCCCAUUAGUAAUUGUCUGGAAUGAGUUUGUUCUUGCUGCUGCUCUCAUUCUUUCCUUCUAGCUCUUUCCUUCUUUCCUAUACCAACUGUAUAUUAAUCACCCACUGUGUUCUCAGCAUAAAGAUGGUUGAAUGGCAAUCAGGUGCUCAAUGUGCGAUAAUGUCCUGGGGGAAUUUACCGUUUGUAUUUAGCCCAUUUUCUCUGUGGUAGGUUUUCAAAGCAGUUCCCGCAAAUGUCCUCCUCUCCCAAUGAAUUUCAAAGAGCUUUUAAAAAUAGGAACUUCACUAAUUAACUCAAGUUAGGAAAUAAAUUAAUGGAGUGAAGAGGAAGAAAUCAUGGCCUGCAUUCAUCAGAUUAAUACAAUGCAAUUUACUUUGUGAGUUUCAUAAAACUUGUGCUUUGGGGCAUUUUUAACCCAGAACAAAUGAACAUAUAAAUUGUUUACAAAUCGCUGAAUUUAAUAUAGUAAUUUAGCUGUCUUUUUAGUAUUUCAUUUCCCAGAUGGAUCAAAUUAAAAUAAAUAUUUGCUCAUUUCAAACAUAUUUUAAAUUUGAUGUGAAAUGUAAAUGGCGACAUAUCACAAGUAGUCCUUGGAGCUCUUGAGGCAAUAAAGAAAACAAUUAAGACUGUUCCCCACUCGUUGUUAAAAAUGCAAACUGCUGCACGACAGAAACAAAAUUCAUAAAUCUACCCAAGAUGAGGAAGCCCAUGUAAAAAAUGUUAAUUUUCCUUUCUUCAUCUUUCACUAUUGUGCCUCAAGUCUAGGCAAUGUGCUCGGCUGGUGAAUAAUGAAAACACAUUGGGAACUCUGGGAGAGAAAGAGAAGCUGGGAUGCCUACUAGCUCUAAGCAAUUUACAGAACACAAUAAUGAUGCAAAAGUGCACAUUCCUGGAAACAGGAGUGUCUUGUCUUGCCCCUUCUCAGCCCAGUGACAAAUCGGUACUAGACUUGGUUCCUGUUUCAAGGUUAGAGCCAGUGUGGCAUGGUAAUAUUUGUCCAAUGUCAGAACAGAGGUUGCUGGUCUGGAUCUCUGCCUCUUCUGGAGAAAAGGAACUAAUAAUUUGAUUAUCUGUCCUGUCUCUUCAAUGAUGAGGAUGGCCAAAGUGAGGUUUCCUUUCAAGCAAGUCUUUCUGCAGACCUCCCAUCUUCUCUUUCUGAAGUCUCCUUUGGAGUUCUCAAUGCAGAUUGCAUCCAGCUCUGUGGACACUUGUGUGUAUCUAUUGCACACAUGGCUUGCUGUCAAGUGUCACCCACUCAAAGUGGAAUGACAAAGUAAUUUUUAAAAUACAUAGUUUUAAUUUGUAUAAUAACUUACAAGUGAUUGGGACUCAGUUACAACUACCUCCUAGAGAACUAGAGGGCAGCGACCGGCUUUCAACUAUAGUUAUGAAAAAAGAUUGUUACGAUCAUGAGGUUAUUAAAGAAAAGAAACAUCAUAGAAGCUUCGUAACUCUAGAAUAAUUACACUCUUUUGCAUUCUGAUUUGCUCUCCUGAGUCAGAAGGAAAGGGGAGGAGUUACAUCUAGUGGCAGGGAUUACACGUCAACUUGGGUUGCUCAUGUUGAAUAUGGACAUUAUUUAUCGUGUGUGUUUGGAUGGAACAAAGGUUAAGAGUUGCUGCUGUAACGAACUACUCUAAAAAUCAGGUUGACAUACAUUUAGAUGUUUGCGGUGUGCUUCAGGGAGAAGCAAAGAGAAGAAGCUCAGAAUCACAUCCUCUGGGUUUUUAGACCACAGAAUUAGAGGUCAAACCAAACAGGG